ACGAUGCUUCUCCGGUUAGUUCUCGCUCAACGGUCAACGUGUUCGGUUCGGUUCGCAGCCACAUUGCAGAAAAGUCGGUUCGGUACCUGUCGAUAAGCGCGAAAAUUCAAAACAAAGUGGCGAAGCCGGAGUGCAUCCAAAACUUAAUUGCUUUGCUUCGAUUGCAACCGGUGCGUUUGUGUGUGCUUUUUUUUACAUCGAAUGGAAAAUUUCUUCUAGAGGCUAUUCUUCGGGUUGGCAGAUCUUUCCCAACAAGCAAAACAUUUGGCGGUGUACCGUGAACUGGGAGCCAACCGAGUGGUGCGGUGUGUGAACGAUUGCUGAUCCGAGUCGUGCGGUGAAGUGUGAAAUAUUUAAUAGCCCCGUGAGGUUCAAGUGCACAGCCAGCCAAGAUUACGCCAACCGAAAACGUUUCUCGACUUCUCGAGUGAUUUUGGGCGGCACCAUCAGUUUGUGACGAUCGUGAGGAACCAAUAAUCCUCGGUGAUAGAUAUACGUACGUGUACGUAUCCAAAUAUCCAAAGGAGGGAAAACCUCACGUUAUGUGAGCUACGCAAUUUUUCAGAAGGAAAGCAAUCAAUCAAAUCGAGUGCAUUUACGAGUGUGCGGAGGCGAGUAGUGUACGCUGCUGCUGUGAAGCAAGUGCACCGAGGACGUGCGUACCGGUGUGCCGGUGGUGGUUAGGAAAAAAAGUGAUUUUUGAAUAGAAAACACGCACGUGGAAAGGCGUUUUGUGGUGCGUGCAAUCCGAAUCAUAUUGGCGCCAUUUAACGUUGAUUGACGGUAAGCAGCGAGCACGGUGGCAUUCGCUCAGUCCGACGGGAGGAUAUUGCUGAAGCGAUAAUUGCUUUCUUCUGAACUUACAAAUCCAACCGACGACGACGUCGUUCCCCACGUGCCCUCUGCUAACUGACCACUCGAGCUUGGUGUUGAUUUCUGCAUCGCCGUAUGUUGUUAUUACUGCCAUCGUCCAUCGGCAGCAGUGUGUAGUGCGGCAGUAGCCAAGCCUAAUAAUUAAGUAAUUUGGCAAAGCAGCAUUCGGCCACGGUGGUGACAAGUUUGUGAAGUUUGCGCGCGAAAGUGUGUGCCCCCAGGCGCAGAAAAGCAACGGAAGUGAGAAAAGCAAACAAGAAAUUGUAUACGAAAAUAAACGAUGCCAAAUAAAUUCAAAAGAGCCUGCAAAGAUGAGUUGGGGCUGCGGAACUGCGGCAUGGGACACCUGCCGGCCGAAGAGUUUGUCAAAUCGCAGUGGCAAUCGCGCACAAAGUCGACCUUCUUCCUGCUCUACCGGGUAUCGUUGGCGGUUUUCUUCACGGCCGUCGUCGCCAACUCCAUCGUGGUCAGCGUCAGCACCGAAGACUGGGCCAAAUACUUCAUCUACCUGACCCACUGGGGCAUCAUGAUGUGCAUGGGAACGACCGUCAUGGGAGCCAUUCUGGUCGCCCGCUGGUACUUCCAUCCGGAGUUUUCAGAUAAAAUUUGCAACACCGAGCAAAUGCCACGUGCUUUCAAGAUCUACUGGAUGAUGCAUAACAUUACGUUGAUCGUAUCGAUCUGCAUCACUAUCAUCUACUGGGGUAUACUGCAUAACGAGGAAAUGCCCGUUGACGCCAACAACAUUCUGAUCCACGCCGCCAACUGUAUGUUCAUGCUGAUCGAUCUCAUUAUCGUGGCCUACCCGGUGCGAAUAUGGCACGUGGUACAACCGAUCAGCUUCGGACUGCUCUAUUGCCUCUUCUCGGUGAUCUACUACUUGUGCGACGGUACCGACAAAAAAGGCCGUCCAUACAUCUACAACGUGCUGGAUUGGCGCACACCGAACAAGGCCAUGGUGACCGUUGUCGGGACGAUCGUGCUGGCCAUCGUCAUCCACGUGCUGAUGUUCUUCCUGUACAAACUACGCAGCUUCCUGUACGAGCGCUGGUUCAACCCGAAGACGAUCCUACCGACCAAUUCGACCAUCAAUUUGCAACAGGGCAAAGCCUGUGACGGCAUCUCAAUGGUGUACGGAACUGACAAUCGCGGGUUCACAAUUACCGAGAAAUAUUAGGAUCGGGUCGAACAAAUGCGGAAUUUGGGAAUCAGGGGAACCAAUGCACAAAUAAUAAAAAUAAUUUUAAAGUGUUAAACCGAAUGAAUGCGAGAGUGUAUGUGACGAAUAGAUAAUAAGUGCAUCUGUGAUUAGCAGUAUGAAAGUCAAAAAAGCUUCUAAUGUAUUUAAGUACAGUAGUUAUGUAGUGAUAAAAAAGAGUUUGGUGAAGCAACAAAUUAAAAUGUAGUAUCACUGACAAGUAUUGAAACCAAUAAUAAAGUACACAAAAUAAAUAA